AUGCGUGCCACUACCACCAUCCUCUUCAUCGCCGGCCUCGUCAGCACCGCCUUCGCCGCUGACACCAUUUACUUCUCGGACGAGACCUGCGAUACCGAGAUCGGCAGCGAGGGCUUCAGCCUCCUCGCCACCGGCGACAAGCCGCUCAAGGAAGGGGCCAAGGCGGUCAAGGUCACCAGCCUCACUGACACCUGGUUCGCCUACCAGGGCAACGAGGGCGGCAAGUGCAAGGGCGACCUCAUCAUCCGGCUGGACGAGGGGGACGAGCCGGAAAACUGCUACAAGGUGGCCGAGCUCGGCAUCGGUUGCACACGGCUGUGCGCAAACGCCCUUGGCGGCGGCGAGUGCGCCUCCAAGACUGCCUGA